CUCCGUUUCUGCCAGCAUCAUGGCGCUAGCCGAUGUUUGUGGUUUUAAUCUGAAGUCUGGAAAUUCGCGUUUACAUCUUGGGUAUGGAGAAGGUUGUAGUGAUCCUUCAGUACAAGAUGCUAUCAUAGCAUCACAGAAUUUUACUGUUCCACGGGGCGUCAAUGUUUCACAGUAUCUGUCUAAGUUUGGCAACGAAGGCAGUGAUGUAAAAAUACGCUUUGACCAUGGAACAACUACUUUGGCUUUUAAGUUCAAGGGUGGAGUAAUUGUAGCUGUUGACUCCAGAGCUACAGCAGGACCCUAUAUUGCAUCAUCAACCGUGAAGAAGGUGAUUGAGAUCAAUCCCUACCUUCUGGGCACUAUGGCUGGAGGUGCUGCUGACUGCUCAUUUUGGGAGCGUGUUCUAGCACAACAGUGCAGGGUGUAUGAAUUGCGGAACAAGACGAGAAUCUCUGUGGCAGCUGCAUCCAAACUCCUAGCAAAUAUUGUAUAUGACUACAAAGGGAUGGGGCUGUCUAUGGGCACAAUGAUUGUUGGCUGGGACAAGAGGGGUCCUGGCUUGUACUACGUGGACAGUGAUGGAGAGCGACUGUCAGGUGACAUGUUUUCAGUGGGGUCCGGGUCCGUAUAUGCAUAUGGUGUCCUGGAUUCUGGCCAUAAGUGGGAUCUUUCUGCGGAGGAAGCAUACGAGUUGGGUUGCCGGGCAAUCUACCAUGCCACACACCGUGAUGCUUACAGUGGUGGUGUAGUCAAUUUGUACCACAUGAAAGAAACAGGCUGGGUGAAGGUAUCUCAGACAGAUGUUACAUACCUGCAUUACAAGUACCAGGCAGAAAAGAAGUGAUUCUGUCUCAUCAUAGUUGGCCCAGUUUUAUUUCUUGUGUGUUGGUGACUGUCAGUAACAUGAUAUCUCUACCAUCAGAAUUAUGCUAAUUAUCUUUUCUCUAGAGCCUUCAUUAUUGACAUUAGUGGUAUUAAAAGAGGGGCUGAAGAAAAGUUAAACAUUUAUUUUUGUCAUAGUAAAUGUGACCUUGGGAAUGGGAUGAGACCUGCUUCCAGCAUUUGGCCAACUUUGGCAACAUUUUUUUAUGUUAAAGAAGAGUAGUUUUCACUUAUUAACAAAAGAUUGGGAUUUUUCAGACUCUUGUCAGUCUUUUAGGUCAUUCUCACACUUCUAAACUUAUAUAAGUACAGUCCACAACCUUUGUCGUUGAAUUGCAUUCUCAAAUAAAGUUUGACGUUAAUGUUCAAAUUCA